AUGAGUUACUUUCUUUUGGUUUCCGCCAAUUCACCAAGUCUUCUUUAUUUUUUCUCUUUAUUUCCUUGGGUGUUUCACUUCCUCUUCUCACUUGCUGACACUUUCUUUAUAUUUGCGUCUCACUCUCUCUUCCUCCCUCUCUCUCUCUCUCUCUCUUUCCCCCUCUCUCUCUUUAUCUCUCUCUCUCUCUUUCCCUCUCUCUCUUUCCCUCUCUCUAUUCCUCUCUCUCUCUCUUUCCCCCCUCUCUCUCUCUCUUUCCCUCUCUCUCCCUUAAAUGCUAUUUUUAUUUCACUUUCUUCCUUUUCCAUUUCUCUCUCUCUCUCUCUCUCUUUCUCUCUCUCUCUCUCUCUUUCUCUUUCGUCUUUUCCCUUCUUUCUUCCUCUUUCUUACUUUUUUCUUCAUUUGUCCUUCUUUAGUUUUAUUUUAUUAUCUAACCGCUGCUCUUCUGCAUUUUCAAAUUCUUCUUUCUUUCUCAGUUGUCUUUCAGUCCACCUCUCUCUCUUUCUCUCUCUCUCUCUCUCUCUCUUUUUCUUUCUUUCACUCGGCUUCUCUCUCCAAUCUCAUUCAUUUUCCACCAACUCAUUCGAAUCUAUCUAUCUAUCUAUCUAUCUAUCUAUCUAUCUAUCUAUCGUUUAA